CGAUUUUUAUAUUUUAAUAAUAGUAAUCAUGCUGAACGACGCCCAUGUACCGUGGACGCCAGAGGAGCUCGACCAGUUCUCCAUCACAAUCUUUGCAACGGGCAUUCCGUCCUUGUUCGGCACCCUCUUCUUGCUGGUCUCGGCGUGUCUCUUCCCAGAGCUGCGCGUCUUCCCCGCAAGAAUGAUUGCCUAUCUUUGUAUUGCAGUGACGAUUUCCGACGUGAGCGCUUUGAUGAGCGCCUUCAAGGGACUGCCAGGAAUAUAUGACGAUGACAUGUUGUGUCACGUACAAAGCAUUGGAUUAAUCUUUGGCUUUCAGUCGGGCUUCACAUGGUUUGCAUGUAUAGUGUUCAACUUGCACCGAAUGCUGUGCAUGGAGAAGAACGACGGCGAACGAUUCGAGCGCUACUACCAUUUGCUUGCAUGGGGCAGCGCGCUGAUUGUGUGCAUCGUCACCUUUACACAAAGCACAAUCGGACCGUCAGGGCCUUGGUGUAUGACGGACAUUACCACCAACCGCACACAAUUGUGGCAUCUGGUCGUAUCCUACCUGCCACUCAUAAUUAUCUGGCUCUUCGGCUUGGUCAUGCUGGUCCAAGUGAUGCGGGCGAUUCAACAAAUUCUCAAGCGCCGAAGAAACAUUUCUUUGAAGAGCGUUAUUCGUCUGCUGAUUUACGGAGUCAUGUUCAUGCUCUGCGCUCCGUUUGGCUUUGCGGCACGUCUUUAUCAGUACGAGCACAAGCUCUCGCCCUCGUUCGCACUGAACUGGAUGUACUUGUUUAGCGUCACCUUCCAAGGCACACUUCUAUUAUUGCUGUUCGGAUGCACUCGCCACAUGGUCAAGCUGUACCGCAGCUUGUUAUUUGGCACCAAGAGCGAUAGCGCACAGGACGAAUCGCGCGGACUCCACGAUCGGACCCCGCUGAUGAACCGAUGAAGAAGUUGCCUUUGAUGCCCCGGCACACGCUGUUUUGUAAAUGAACCAUCAUCCGCCUUGAUGACUGCGUGAUUUCUUCAUCGUUGUUUAUCGAGGGAGGAUGGCGAAGAGCG